UAAUCACCGACACGUGUUUCUGCGUGACGUCACGAAACUCCAGGAGCCGCAGCGCUUUGCUCGUUACUCGGUUUGAUCCGAGAUGAAUCACAUGGAGCAGAGAGACUCGGAACAAGCUGGAAUUAAAAGGCAUAAAUGCAUCCAGUGUCCAUACAGCACGGAUCAGAUGAGCAACUUGAAGAACCAUCACAGAACUCACACUGGAGAGAAGCCCUUCAAGUGCACCGAGUGUGGGAAGGCAUUUGCACAAUCACCAUACCUUAAAAUACACCAGAGAACACACACAGGUGAGAAGCCCUUCAAGUGCAUUGUGUGUGGGAAGACAUUUACAUGGUUAUCGAAUCUUGACAGCCAUCAGAAAACUCACACUGGUGAAAAGCCGUUCAAGUGUGCGAUGUGUGGGAAGACAUUUACACGGUCAUCUCAUCUUGACAGCCAUCAGAAAACACACACUGGUGAGAAGCCCUUCAAAUGCACUGUGUGUGGGAAGACAUUUACACAGUCAUCACAUCUUGACAGCCAUCAGAAAACACACACUGGUGAGAAGCCCUUCAAGUGUACUGUAUGUGGGAAGGCAUUUACACGGUCAUCACAUCUUGACAGCCAUCAAAAAACCCACACUGGGGAAAAACCCUUCAAAUGCACUGUGUGUGAGAAGGAAUUUAAAGAUUCCGGAUCUCUUCGUAUUCAUCAUAGAAUACAUACAGGUGAGAAACCCUUCAAGUGCACUGUGUGUGGAAAGGCAUUUUCAUGGUUAUCGAAUCUUAACAGCCAUCAGACAACACAUACUGGUGAGAAGCCCUUCAAAUGUACUGUUUGUGAGAAGUCAUUUACACGGUCAGGAACUCUUCAGGAUCAUCAGAGAACACACACAGGCGAGAAGCCCUUUGUGUGCACUGUGUGUGAGAAGGCAUUUAAAGAUUCCGGAUCUCUUCGUAUUCACCAUAGAAUACAUACAGGUGAGAAACCCUUCAAGUGCACUGUGUGUGGAAAGACAUUUUCAUGGUUAUCGAAUCUUGACAGACAUCAGAAAACACAUAUUGGUAAAAAAAACUUCAAAUGCACCGUGUCUGAAAAGGCUUUUAAAGAUUCAGGAUCUCUUCGUGUUCAUGACAGAAUACACUCAGGCAAGACGCCCGUCAAGCACACCGUGUAUGGAAAGGAAUCUGUACGGUCAGAAGGCCGAAAGAGGCGUGAGAAGAUCCACAAGGGGAUGGAGGUGGAAUUGAGAAGUGAAAGUCAAAUUGCUUCAUUGAGCCCAUCUCUCAUGGAACAAGAACCAGAAGCUAACCCCACUUUUGAAACAUGGCCAGGAGUGAAGGUGGAAUGUGAAGAAAUGAAGGUGAAAUGUGAAGAUGAAGAUUCGACUCCAGGAACCGACCUCCAGGUUGAUGGAGGCAACGUGAAGCAGGAGGGGCAUUUGGACUCUGAGGGAGAGCGAGGCAUCCUCGAGGAGUUUGAGGAGGAAUUGUGAGUCGAAUAUUUGGACAGCAGAGUAGGAGGGCCCUGCACAUGUGAAGUGGAGUCUGGGAAGAUCUGUAACCAAGACCGUGACACAAUAAUUCUAAAGCGUUAACUUUAUUCACAGGCUUCUCUAAUUACAAUAAUGAAUGCAGCUGUAGGCAUCAUCCAGCUUUUAUUUAAUGUAGCAGCGCCAAAGUUUUGGAACCACUUAAGAAGUUUCACCUCUUGGCAUCUCCAUUCUCCCAUCUCUGUUUUCAUUGACUCCAGGACUCGACCUCCAUGUUGAAUUAGAGGCAGCGUGAAGCAGGAGAAUUUGGACUCUGAGGGAGAGAGGCAAUUUGAAGAGUUUGUGGAUGUGGGGUUGUGGGUGGAGUUUAUGGACGAUCUAAAUAGGAACCAGCAGUGUGAAAUGGAGUCCGGUUAAAUGUGAAACUCGGAAAGUGAGAGAGAAUCUCCACGGCGUUUACCUUAUCCCCACGGCAUUUACCUUAUCCCCACGGCGUUUACCUUAUCCCUACAGACUUCUCUCACUCCAACAAGGCAUGCAGCUGUAGGCAUCCAGCCAGAGGUGAGCUUUCGAGCUUUCAGCAAUUAUAUUAUUGCCAUUCAGUCGUGAAAUAUUGCCGAUUUGCAACAUAGUAGGGGUGCUUUUAUUGGUAAUUCAGCAUUACAAAUUGUUGGUUAUGUAUAAAAGAUUUUUAGUCUUUAUGUUGACGUUUCGACAGUGCAGUAAGGCUUUGUUUAACAUGGUCAUCGUAUUCCUGGAGUGUCGUGUUAGCAAAAACACUUUCCCCAUAAAUGAUGUAAUAAUAAAAUGUGGAAAGAUACGAUGUACUACGCACACCACAGUGAGAUUGCGGGACAAGUAACGGAGGGUAGUACAUUACGUUAUCAUUCCGCGUUGUACGCAAAAAGUUUACCCGAAUGGAAGAACCACGUUAUAGCGAGAAUGCAGUGUGUGGACACCAUACAUUAAGUGAGGACUUACUGUAAAUUUCGGUUUGCUUUGUUAAAAUAGUUUUUAACUGCAUUUACUUAUUUUUUAUUCCUUUAAGUUUUCAGCUUUUUCUAACACGUGUAAUGACAGGGUGCCACCUGUCAGCCUGGAGGGUAAUCACAGGUAUGGGCAAGUUAUAUAAUGACUCACUAGAAGGGGGGCGGUAUCUGGGGUAAAGGUGAAAGGCAGAGUCAGUCGGGAAGUUCUGGGAACCUGCUCCAAGGUUCUGGAGGGGGCGUGGCUGGGAUGUAUAUAAGGGGGACGGAACCAGAGGUUCGGGGCUGUUGCAGCUCCUGGGUCCUGGCUGCGUCGCUGCUCGCCGCCAUCUCUCUUCGUCGUCCGGCCUCGUGGCCGAUCCUCUGCACGAUUUUCAUAGUCAUCACUACGCUAGUUGGACAGCUGUGUAGUUGGAUGCCGACCGUGGGGUUGUGUAGAAGGAUCGGCUAUGUGUAGCCAUGUAGAUACGUUCUAUAUAACGGCUAGUGGUAUGCCCAGUGUGAGAAUAAAUAAGAAGCUGUCUACACGACGUGGUUCCAAAUGAACAAAAACCCUCGCCCAUCGCGGGUUUUCCCAUUGUGGAUUUGACUGUGCCAAAUUUAUUUAGCUACAUGCUCUUUGGUUCUUUCGGUAAAGUCACGUAGGUAGAAAAAAUAAUAGAUAAUGACGUUUCGAUCGCAACGCAAGCAAUUGUCAUGAGAUGAGAAAACUGCAGCAAGAAAACUGCUGAAGUCGGCGAGAGAGCUGCCGUGACGAGAGGUCCGAGCUGCGAAGACAGGAGGGGGCAGUGGGCGGGGCUGGAAGUAGAAAGCUGCGUGUGAAGACAUGAUGGGGAAGUGGCCGGAGCUUAUUUAGCUACAGUUCAUCGAUAGCGCCCUACCUGUAGCUCCACCAUUCAUGUUUGACUGCAAAUUUAUUAUACAGUAUACAUGUUCUAACUUGCUGCCCUGCCACUACAUCAGCCUGCAGUGAGGAGGCAGAGCUUCAGCCAUCUGUCACUGUUCUUACCUCACUAAGUUUUUUUCUCCCCAUAUAUUUUCAUCGUGCAAGUUAUAUUAUUAUAUUAUUGCUGUGCAGUCGUAAAAUGUUGUCGAUUUGCACAGUAGUGCGGGUGCCUUGCUUUAUAAUUAAGCAUUCUAAAUUGUUGGUUAUGUAUAAAGCGAUUUUGAGUGCUCCUAACGUAGUAGAUGAGUUCCUGGAGAGUACCGAUGUAAGCGAAAACUACGUGAAGUGAAAAGAUUUUCCCAUAAAUGGUGUAGUAAUGUUAAGGUUUGGCAAGAUACGAUGUACUACGCACACCACACAUUGAGAUGGCGGGAUAAAUAGCGGAGGGUACGCCACCACUGCGUAAUGGUAUUAUUCCACAUUAUUGUAUCACUGUACCACUCAGCACGUAGGUCAAGAAAGUAGUUCAUUGUCGACCGCUUAGAAACUGUCGUAACGGUGCCCAUUCUGCGUUGUAACGGUGCGUGUUCUGCAUUGUGCAAAAAAGUUUUUCCCAAAUGGAAGAACCGUGUGAUAGUGAAAACGCAGUGUGAAUACCACACGUUAAACGAGAACUUACUGUACAUUUUGAUUGUCUCCUAUUCAAAUAGCUUUUUAACUGCAUUUACUAAAAUUUGAUUUUACCUUUUUACAUUGGAGCUUUUUUAACAUUUAUGAGGUUUUAUGUCAUGUUCAAAUACACGAAAACCCUCGCCCAUCGCGGAUUUGACCGUUGCCAAAUUUAUUGAGCUACAGUUCACCAAUCAUGCCCCCGUGGCUCCACCAUUCACGGUUAACUGUGAGCUUCAUGUAUAGUACGCAUCUGUUGUAACUGCCCUACUGGACAUCCGCCUCUCGUGAGGAGACUAAGCUUUGGCUACCUGCCAUUUUUUUAGCUCACUGUUUUUUUCCCCCAUUCAAUAUAUUUACCGUGUAAGUUAUAUUAUUAAUAAUAUUGCUGUGCAGUCGUGAAAUAUUGUCGAUUUGCAAAUAAGUACCGGGUCCUUGAUAAUUGAGCAUAAAAAAAUUGUUGGUUAUGUAUAAAGGGAUUUUGAGUAUAUUAAUGACAGUGCAGUAAGGCCUUAUUUAAUGCGUUGGAUUCGUACCCGCAGAGUGCCGUGUAAGGGAAAAUGAGAAAUAACUGUGGGUACACUGCCACUACGCUACUGUCAUUCUGCGUCACUCGGCCACUCAGCUGAAAGUGGUACGUUGUCGAUCAAUCAAAUACUGCGUUAUAACAGUGCACGUUCCGCAUUGUAACGGUGUGCGUUACGUUGUGCACAAAGUUUUACCAAAUGAAAAAAACACGUGAUCGCAGAAAUGCGAUGUGGAGACAGCACACGUUAAGUGAGGACUUUUUCAUCUUCUUGGUUCUUUCGCUAAAGUCGCGUAGAAGGGAAGUAAUAAAAUAAUAAAAAUAAAACAUAAUAAAAUAUAUUUUAUUAUGUUUUAUUUUUAUUAUUUUAUUACUUCCCCUCUACGUGACUUUUAUUAUGUUUUAUUAUUAUUAUGUUUUAUUUUUUAUAUUUUAUUACUUCCCUUCUACGUGACUUUACCGAAAGAACCAAGAAGAUGAAUCCCUGCAGUCACGAAAGCUUUAAAUCGAAAUGAGGACUUUUGUACAUUUUGUUUUGCUUUAAUGCAAUAGCUUUUUACUAAAUUUAAUGUUCCUUUUUUACGUU